AUGGAGCCGGUUACUAGGGAGUUCAAGGACCUGCUUUUCCUCAGCUAUGCAGACGAUACCUAUAUUUUGGGGCCAGCGGCUAGGAUUCUGGAGGGUUUUGGGGUGCUGCGGGAGCGGUUGGAGUGGGUAGGGCUGGAGGUGCAGGCGCACAAGUACCGGUUUUGUGAGCGCGAGGGCAAGGAGGUGGAGCGCGCAUUGCCAUUGGGGAUGCAGCGGGUGGAUGAGGAUCUUACUGUGGUGGGCGUGCCUAUUGGAGAGGAGGUUUGGGAGGUGGUCCGGCUACGGGAGCGGCUUCGAUGGUUCCAGGCGCCACUGCCAUGGCUCCCCUUGCUCGACCACCCCCAGAUGGCUUCACACCUCCUCGCCAUUGCAAUUUCAGCGCGGCCGAUGUACCUCACCCGGACUAUGCCGCCGCGUCCGGAGGUGGUUGAGGCUUUUAGGGAUUGGGACAGCUGUUUAGAGGAUUGCUUUGAGCAGCUUUUCCCACCUGGCACUUGGGAGCAGGACCCCGACCGGUCUAGGCGCGCACGCAUGCAGCUGCAUCUCCCUGUGCGUCUCGGUGGUUUCGGGAUCCGGGCGGCGGCCUCUUUGAGCCCACUGUCCUAUGUUUGCGGGUGGGCGCAGGCCACGCGGGACAUUGCACAGUUAGGGGUGGCGGGUGAGGAGGCGAUGUUUGCUGAGUACCUCACCACUUCGACAGGGGCAGAGUUUCUUGACCCGUGGUUUGUCAAGGCUCUCGAGCAGCUGCCAGCGACUAUCCACCACGAGAUACCGGGCUUACCUCUGUGUGUAGCGGCCCCUCCUGUUCGGCUUUUCCAGGCGCGGCAGCGGCAGUUAGCUGUAGAGGAGCUCCAGGCACUGCGCCGCUUGGCUCGUGACGAUGCUACCUUGGCCCGUUUCACAUCCCUUCAGGGCCCGGGGGCAGGUGCAUGGGUUUCGGCAGUUCCGCCUCACUCAGAUCUCACAUUCACUGCGGCUGAGUGGGGCAUUGCUGCUGCUAUACGGCUCGGCCUCCCAAUUCAGCAGCUGCAGGUGGCGGGGAGGCGUCGGGGGGGGGGGGUGGUGACAUUGGAGGAUAGUGUGGUGCUGCAAGGGAAGCGGGUUGAUGUGGCGGUGCGACGUCCAAUGGCUGGAGAGGCUCACGCCCUAGAGAUCAGCGUCGCGGACCCGCUAUCGCUGUCUCCAUCACUGCUGGGACAGUGCGGGCGUCAAAUAGGUGUGGCGGCAAGGGAAUGGGAGCGUCGCAAAACGAGUGACUACGCGCCUCUGCUUGCACGCAACCGGGGCGUGCAGUUCACCCCUUUGAUAGUUGAGACGUGGGGGUGUCUCGGCGGUCGUUUUCAGCGGUGGCUUCGUCAGCAGGGGGAUGCGCAUGUAGGGCUAGCUGUGUCGCGGGGGGCUUGUCGAGAGGACGACUCUGUGUUUUUGGCUUAUCUUUUAGGGUCACUGAAGGCGCUCAUCGGGGUGGCGUUACAACGUGCGCAAGCCCGUGUCAUCCUGCUUCGAGCGGCGUCUUCCAUGGGGGGGAUUAACGUAGAUUUGGCGGAUCGGGAGAGGGACGAUGUCGAUGUGGAAGGCGGGGCUCUCUGGGUGGAGGCCCCGUACAUGGUCGAUACGUUGAUGUGA